AUGACAAUCGCUAAAAACCAAAAUAACACUGCUGUGGAUAAUCAGCAAAAAAAGAAACAGCAAAAUAACAGUGGUAAUAAUAAUAAUAAAAAUAAAUCUUCACAACCAGUUCAACAGCCACAAAAUAAACAGGUUUCACCGGAAUCAGCACAACCACAAACAGAUUCUAUAUCACCAAAAGACGAAAAUAAUCAACCAACAUGGCAGGAAAUUGCAAAGAGUUCUUCAUUAUUGGAUAGAUCAAGUAAAUUAGAUAUUACAGGCUCAAAUAAAUCGACAUCUUCGUUAUACAACAAUUUAUUAGAUGAAGACGAAAAUUAUAAUCAAUAUGAUAAUGAUAAACCAAAUAUACCAGAUUUAAAUAAUACAAUUAAUAAUAACAAUAACAAUGGCAAUAAUGUCAAUGAUAAUGAUGAUCUUUAUAUUAAUAAAAAUCAAAAAACCAAUAGAAUAAAAAAACCAAGCGAUAAUAAUAUUAUUAAUAGUUUAAUUAGUAAAGAUGAGCUUUUUUGGCAAAAAGAAUCAGAAAUCAAUAAACACAAACUAAAAGAAUUUUGGUUAAGUUUAAGUGAAGAAGAAAGAAGAGAUUUGGUUCAAUCAGAGAAAGAGUCAUUAUUAAAAAAGAUGAAAGACCAACAAAAGCAUACUUGUACAUGCACUGUUUGUGGUAGAAGAAGAACUGUUAUUGAAGAAGAGUUGGAAAUGAUUUAUGAUAGUUACUAUGAUAAUAUGGCUGAAAAAGUUUAUAUUUCAAAUGAAAAUUUAUCAUUAGGCAAAGAACAACAAUCACAAAAGAAACAACAAUCAGUAACACAACAACAACAACAACAACAACAACAACAACAACAAAGAUUACAAUCAACCCAACAACCACCAAAUAAAAAAAAGAAAACAUCAACAACUACAACAAACAAUAGUGGCAAAGUUUUACUUACAAAGCAAAUGGCACAGCAUUAUAAAAGUAAACAACCAUUAAAUAGUCAACAAUCCCAACAACAAGCCAUUAAAAAGCAACAACUUUCUCAAAAUAUGAUACCGCCAUCUCAGCCACACAUUAGGGUUCAAAAGAAAGUUACUAAUCAUUCACAUGGAAAUCAUAUUGUAGCAAAGGCUUCAAUCCAAUUUAGUAAGACCAAUAGCCCCAAAAUUGAAACUAAGAAUAAGAAAAUAAGUGAAGAGGACUCAACUAUAGUAAACAGUAACAAUAGUAAAGAUCUCGAUUAUUUAGAAAUUAUUAAAUUAGAAAAAGAUUUAAUUCAAGCUAUAGGAGAAGCAGAUUGUGACCAUGAUUUUUAUAAAAAAGAGGGAAAUGAUAAUAUUUCUAUAAAUAAUAACAACAAUAAUAAUAAUAAUAAUAAUGAUGGUAUAAAUAUGAAUUUAAAUAUGAAUAUAAAUAAUAGUGGUAAUAAAAAUAAUUAUAAAAAGAAAAAAGUUAAUUUCAUAAGACAAUUAUAUGGUGACGAAAAAUUUGAAGAUGAUGACGAAGAAUAUGAGGUAUUUAAUAACAACUGUGCCAAUAAUUAUAAUAAUAAUAAUAUUAGUUAUAAUAAUACCAAUAAUAAUAUAAAUAAUAAUAUAAAUAAAAAUAAAAAAAACAAGAAUAGCAAAAGUAAUAAUAAUGGUGUUAACCCUCAAGAUUUAACAGAUUGCGAAUUUUCCGAAUUUUUAGAACAGCUUGAUGAAGAGGAAAUUGAAGGUAUUAAUACCACAAGUAGAAGAUUGAUUAUUCAACAACACAUUCGUCAUUUAUACCAAGAGCAAGAAUUUCUUAAUAGUGGUAAUAAAGGUAGCAAUAAAAAUAUUCAUUUAUCAUACCAUGGCUUUAAUGGCUUUAUUAAAGAUAAUGGAAAUAUUUAUUUUGACUCUACAGGAAAAGGAAAUGGCAACGAAGAUUCUGAAAAUGAAUCAGAACCAAGUGAUGAGGCAUUCAAAAGAUUAGGAUACCAUGACUGCACAAACUCUGAUGAAGUUUCCGAAUGCGAAGAUAACGAAGAUGAUGAGGAUGAUGAAGAAGAAGAUGAUUGCAACGAAGAAUACAAUGAAGAAUGGAUCGAUUGUAAUGGAAAUGAAGAAGAAAUUUGCGAAGGCCAUCACCAUCACCACCACCAUCACCACUAUGAAGAGGAGGAAGAAGAGUGUGAAGAGGAGGAAGAGGAACUCUCUGAAUGCGAUGAAGAAGAAGAUGAUGAGCUUGAAGAGUGUGAUGAUGAAGAGGAUGACGAAGACGAAGAAGACGAAGAGGAUGUAGACGAAUCACAUGGAUCAUUUAUGAAAUAUAGUAAAUCACAGCUUCAUGCGUGCCAUUCACACCGUCAUCCACACCACUAUCAUCGUCAUUACCAUCACAACCAUCACGAAGAUGAUAUCGAUGACUCUGAUGACCAUGGUGAUUCUGAUGAAUCUGAUGAAUCCAACUCUGAUGUUUCCGAAGAGAGUGAAAAGCAAAUGGAGGAAGGUAGAAAAAUGUUUCAGGUAUUUGCAUCAAAAAUGUUUGAACAAAGGGUAUUGACAGCAUACAAAGAAAAAUUGGUUUUGGAAAGACAAAAACAUCUUUUAGAAGAAGAAGAAAUGAAUGAAAAAAGGGAAAAGCUUUUAAGAGAACAGAAACUUAAGCAAAAGAAAGAGAAAAAGAAGAAGCAAAGAGAACAAAAAGAAAAAGAAAGAGAGGAGAAGGAAAGAAAACAAAAAUUGGCUGAAGAGGAAAACGAAAAGAGAAAACAAGAAGAGUUAAAGAAGCAAGAAGAAAAAAGAAAAGAAAAACAAAAGAGAAAAGAAGAAUUAAAUCAAAAGAAACAAGAAGAGGAGGAAAGAAAAAAACAAGAGCGUUUAGAGCAACAAAAACAAAGAGAUAAAGCUAAACAGGAUGAACUAAAGAAACAAGAGCAGGUUAACAGAGAAAAUGAAUUAAAGAGACAACAAAAACGUUUAGAAAGAAACAAGUUAGAAAAAGCUUCAAAUAAAUAUAAUACAGGUAAAAAAUCUACAUUACAUGUUUUGCCUGAUGUUGUUAAACCAAUAGCCAAUAAAGAUGAGUUAUUACAACCUCCACAAUCAAAUGAAUCAUCAAAUAUAGCUCCACAAUCACCAAAUUUAGAAUUACAGAAACAUGAGGAGGAACAACCACAACAACAACAACAACAACAACAACAACAACAACAACAACAACAACAACAACAACAACAACAACAACAACAACAAUACCAACAACAACAGCAACAAUACCAACAAUACCAACAAAUAGAACCACAGCAACAGCAACAACAAACACCACCAUCACCAGUUCAAAAUCAGCAAGUUCAACAAAUAAAUAUCCAACAUUCAUUAGCACAAAUUGAUUUCAUUAACAAUACUCCACUACAACCACCAAAAACUCCAACAAAAGCAUCAUCAAAUCUUAGUCCAAAAUCACCAAAUUUUAUUCCUUCAGCUCAAAGAACUCAAUUACUUGUAAAUGUUAAUAACAGUAGCAAUGUCAUGAGCAACAACGGUUAUUUUGUCACCCAGCAAAUACCUACAGUAUCAACACUUCUAAUGCCAUCACCAAACUCUCAACAGCCCACAAUUUCUCCAUUAGUUAAUAACUUUAAUAGAAUUCCUUCACCAGGAACAUUAAAUAUUGACCCAAUGUUCAGUCCAUAUCAAUAUGGUGAUGUUUAUAAUAAAAAUAAUAGUGGCAACAUGAAUAAUCAACCUAUUCAUAAUAAUAGUUCGGCUCCCUAUCAAAACAAUAUGGGUGAUAUAGUGAAUAGUAUAAAUCAAAAAAUGGUACCAACAAAUAGCAACAAUUUAAAUAACCCAACACAAAUUUUUGAACCAUUUUUUGAUUUAAGAAGUGGUAUCUUGGAUUCAGCUGAUACAUUUUUACAAAGUGGUGCACCUGGUUUUAGUAGAAUUUUAAGUUUUAAUGAUAAUAAUGAGGAACCCGCCUCAUCAAGAAAUAAUAGCAAUGGUGUUAUUGAUGACUAUAAUGUUUUACCAUCAAAUUUAUUUGAUGACUCUAGUUUAAAUAUAAUCGAAUCUAGUUUUGAACAAAAUCAAUUAAAACAAAAACAUUAUCAACCCUCCAAUACUAUCCCAUCUCCAAGAUCACCAAUUUCACCUCCUUCUAUUCACCUUCAACAGCAACAACAACAACAACAACAACAACAACAACAACAAAGAAAUAACAGUAUUCCACAAAAUCCAUCACCAACUUCAAAUAGUAAUAUAUCUUCAUCACCUUAUAGUGGCUAUUUCUCUUCUUAUUUUGACAAUACAAAUAGCAUAUUCUCAAGUAGUUUUAACCCAUCAUCAACAAACCCACCAAAUCAAAUUGUAAAUAAUAGUACCAAUAAUAAUAUUAAUAAUAUGAACAAUAAUAGUUUAAAUAAUAUGAACAAUAAUAAUUUAAAUAAUAUGAAUAGUAAUUUAAAUAAUAUGAAUAAUAAUUUAAAUAAUAUGAAUAAUAAUUUAAAUAAUAUGAAUAAUAAUAAUUUAAAUAAUAAUAACCUAUUUAAUACCGAUUCAUUUUUAUCAACAUCCAUAAUUUAUGACAAUAAUAUAAAUAACAAUAUCAAUUCUUUUCCAACAUUCCAAAACUAUAAUCUAUUCGAUACUAAAUAA